AUGGCAACGGCGGUGGAGCUGGGCGCGGUGGAACGACGUGGAGGUAUUGCUUGUACGGCGGAUGAGGCAGCGACUAGGAGAUCCCAUGGUGGAGAAGUUUGCCAUGGCAGAUUGGCGCAGACGUGGAACCAAGAAUUGAAGACCAUAGAGCUUGGCGUGGAGGAGCUAUGGCGUAGACGAGAGAGGAAUCAAGUAGACGAGAUGUUAUUAUCAAACAACGUCUCCGUCGUCGUACUUUUGUUUCCGGCCGAUAACUGCGUUUACAUUCUUUGUCUUGAGAAGGAAGUGGAACCCGGUGAAAGGGAUGGAAAGGGAGAGCUACGGAGAGGAAGUCGGGGAAAGGGUAGGGUGAAAUGGGAAAGGAAGGAAGUGGAACGCGGUGAAAGGGGUGGAAAGGGAGAGCUACGGAGGGGAAAUCGGGGAAAGGUUGGGGUGAAAUGGGAAAGGAAGGAAGUUGAACGCGAAGUGAAAGAAGUGGAGCGCGGUGAAAGGGGUGGAAAGGGAGAGUUGCGGAAGGGAAGUCGGGGAAAGGAUGGGGUGAAAUGGAAAGGGAAGGAAGUGGAGUGUGGUGAAUGGGGUGGAAAGGGAGAGUUGCGGAAGGGAAGUCGGGGAAAGGGUGGGGUGAAAUGGGAAGAGAAGGAAGUGGAGCGCGGUGAAAGGGGUAGAAAGGGAGAGCUGCGGAGGGGAAAUCGGGAAAAGAGUGGGGUGAAAUGGGAAGGGAAGGAAGUUGGGCGCGGUGAAAGGGGUGGAAAGGGAGAGUUGCGGAGGGGAAGUCGAGGAAAGGAUGGGGUGAAAUGGGAAGGGAAGGAAGUUGGGCGCAGUGAAAGAGGUGAAAAGGGAGAGCUGCGGAGGGGAAUUCGAGGAAAGAGUGGGGUGAAAUGGGAAGGAAAGGAAGUUGAACGCGGUGAAAGAGGUAGAAAGGGAGAGCUGCGGAGGAGAAAUCGAGGAAAGGGUGGGGUGAAAUGGGAAGGGAAGGAAAUUGAGCGCGGUGAAAGGGGUGGAAAGGGAGAGUUGCGGAGGGGAAGUCGGGGAAAGGGUGGGGUGAAAUGGGAAGGGAAGGAAGUGGAGCGCGGUGAAAGGGGUGGAAAGGGAGAGCUGCGGAGGGGAAAUCGGGGAAAUGGUGGGGUGAAAUGGGAAGGGAAGGAAGUUGAGCGCGGUGAAAGGGGUGGAAAGGAAGAGUUGCGGAGGGGAAGUCGGAGAAAGGGUGGGGUGAAAUGGGAAAGGAAGGAAGUGGAGCGCGGUGAAAGAGGUGGAAAGGGAGAGCUGCGGAGGGGAAAUCGAGGAAAGGGUGGGGUGAAAUGGGAAGGGAAAGAAAUUGAGCGCGGUGAAAGGGGUGGAAAGGGAGAGUUGCGGAGGGGAAGUCGGGGAAAGGGUGGGGUGAAAUGGGAAGGGAAGGAAAUUGAGCGCGGUGAAAGGAGUGGAAAGGGAGAGUUGCGGAGGGGAAGUCGGGGAAAGGGUGGGGUGAAAUGGGAAGGGAAGGAAGUGGAGCGCGGUGAAAGGGGUGGAAAGGGAGAGCUGCGGAGGGGAAGUCGGGGAAAGGGUGGGGUGAAAUGGGAAGGGAAGGAAGUUGAGCGCGGUGAAAGGGGUGGAAAGGGAGAGCUGCGGAGGGGAAAUCGGGGAAAUGGUGGGGUGAAAUGGGAAGGGAAGGAAGUUGAGCGCGGUGAAAGGGGUGGAAAGGAAGAGCUGCGGAGGGGAAAUCGAGGAAAGGGUGGGAUGAAAUGGGAAGGGAAGAAAGUUGAGCGCGAUGAAAGGAGUGGAAAGGGAGAACUGCGGAGGAGAAAUCGGGGAAAAGGUGGGGUGAAAUGGGAAGGGAAGGAAAUUGAGCGCGGUGAAAGGGGUGGAAAGGGAGAGUUGCGGAGGGGAAGUAGGGGAAAGGGUGGGGUGAAAUCGGAAGGGAAGGAAGUUGAGCGCGGUGAAAGGGGUGGAAAGGGAGAGCUGCGGAGGGGAAGUCCGGGAAAGGGUGGGGUGAAAUUGGAAGGGAAGGAAGUUGAGCGCAGUGAAAGGGGUGGAAAAGGAGAGCUGCGGAGGGGAAGUCCGGGAAAGGGUGGGGUGAAACGGGAAGGGAAGGAAGUGGAGCGCGGUGAAAGGGAUGAAAAGGGAAAGCUGCGGAGAGGAAGUCCGGGAAAGGGUGGGGUGAAAUGGGAAGGGAAGGAAGUUGAGCGCAGUGAAAGGAGUGGAAAGGGAGAGUUGCGGAAGGGAAGUCGGGGAAAGGGUGGGGUGAAAUGGGAAGAGAAGGAAGUGGAGCGCGGUGAAAGGAGUGGAAAGGGAGAGCUGCGGAGGGGAAAUCGGGGAAAGGUUGGGGUGAAAUGGGAAGGGAAGGAAGUUGAGCGCGGUGAAAGGGGUGGAAAAGGAGAGUUGCGGAGGGGAAGUCGGAGAAAGGGUGGGGUGAAAUGGGAAGGGAAUGAAGUGAAACGCGGUGAAAGGGGUAGAAAGGGAGAGGUGCGGAGGGGAAGUCGGGGAAAGGGUGGGGUGAAACGGGAAGGAAGGAAGUGGAGCGCGGUGAAAGGGGUGGAAAGGGAGAGCUGCGGAGGGGAAGUCGGGGAAAGGGUGGGGUGAAAUGGGAAGGGAAGGAAGUUGAGCGCGGUGAAAGGGGUGGAAAGGAAGAGUUGCGGAGGGGAAGUCGGGGAAAGGGUGGGGUGAAAUGGGAUGGGAAGGAAGUGGAGCGCGGUGAAAGGAGUGGAAAGGGAGAGCUGCGGAGGGGAAAUCGGGGAAAGGGUGGGGUGAAAUGGGAAAGGAAGGAAGUUGAGCGCGGUGAAAGGGGUGGAAAGGGAGAGUUGCAGAGGGGAAGUCGAGGAAAGGAUGGAGUGAAAUGGGAUGUGAAGGAAGUGGAGAUGGCGGGUGGAAAGCGUGGGGAGCGAGAAGCCGUGCGGGAGUGGCGAAGAAACACCGUGGCGAUUCGAAACAUUUUGAAAAGUGGGGACAAGUUAGGUUUUCGUUGUCUUUUGAUUAAAAAGAUGAGUGUGAAAAGUUGAGUGUUACCUUAUAUAGAGGCAGAGAGCUAGUUCAACAAGUGGGAUGCUCACUAGGAUUGUGGGCUGAGCCAUGGAGCAAUGAAUGUGGGCUGGGCUGCUUCUCAAGGACGCAUCAAACUCGCCAGAUUGUGGGCUGGGCCAUGAAGCAAUGAUUGUGAGCUGGGCUGCUUCUCAAGGACGCAUCAAACUCGCCAGAUUGUGGGUUGGGCCAUGGAGAAUUGAUUGUGGGCUGGGCUGCUUCUCACGGACGCAUCAAACUUGCCAGAUUGUGGGCUG